CCACUCGCCAAACUUUCACCACCACCGCUUGUCCUCGACGGCCGCCCACCCCGCCCAGCAUGACUUGGAUACAGGCGGCGCGACUGCUGCUGAGGUAGCCGCAACAGCCCCAGAGGCCAAUGGCCCACCGCAGUCGCAGGCGCAGGCUGGAGGGCUGGCAGAAGGCCCAGCCACAGAGCUGGGGCCCAAACUCAGAAAGAUGACAACAGUCAAAGGCAACUUCGUCGCUGAAAAAAAGGACGCGACGAUUGCGCGAAACAAAAAGAUCAAGAAGGCCCGCAUUGAAGCCAUGCGCAUUGCGUCCGAUGAACUCCUGGCCAAGGCGAGAGCCGCUUUUGAAAACUCGCAGGAGUACGAGGGCGUGGUUGUGGAGCCCAUGCUCAGCUAUGAAUCUUGCGAUGCGGCCUCGCUGCCGUGGUGCCUGAAAGAGCAAGCAAGGGAGGUGCCGCCCAUGGAUGUGCUCAACGAGGAAAUCGACAGAUUCUACGCUUACGCCAAACCCAACGAGUUCGAACAGACGGCCAGACAGCACGUCAUCCAGCAGGUGCGGGCGCUUGUGCGCAAAGCCCUUAAAAAGUGCGACGUCGAAGUCUUUGGCUCGGAACGCAAUGGCAUCCCCUUUGCCACAUCCGACAUUGACCUUCGUCUGCUAUGGCCGUCGCAGGUAUCCCGCCCCUCCAUGGCCAGACUGCCGCCGACUAAGAGGGAGCGUGGCAAAGGGAUGGCCCAGCUUGGAUGGUUGUAUAACGGCUCGCUCAAGCACAACCGUGAUUACCUCCUAACCUCGCUGCGUCACGCCCGCUACCCCCUCGUCGCCGCGCAAGACCGACAGUCCGGGCUCGAUGUGCAAAUCGUCCUGUCCAACGACACAUCGGUAUCGCGGGACUACAUGCAGCGGUACAUGCAAGAGAUUCCCUACCUGCGCAGUCUGUACUACGUCGUCAAGACCAUUUUCGACAUCCGCGGCCUGUCGGACGUGUUCCGCGGCGGCUUUGGCUCCUACUCCAUCUUCAUGAUGCUCGUGGCAAGCCUCAAGCAUGCGCCGCACCAGCGACAGGAUGCCGCGGGGGGUCUGCUCAACUUCCUCAAGUUCUACAGCGACUUCGACGCGAAGGCACACGGCAUUUCGAUUGAGCCCGUCGAGCUCUUCGACAAGGUGCAGCACCCGGUCAUCACCAAUCCGGUCAAAAUCAGUUUCAAGAACGGAACGGCCAAGCCCCUCCCCAGCUACAUGCUCUGCCUUCGCGAUCCGGCCGACGAAACGAAUGACCUUGGCCGCAAAGGCAUAGCCAUCAAGCACGUGCAGACGACGUUCAAUGCGCUGUACACGCAGCUGGUCAUGGACCUGAAAACGAAUACACGGGCGUCGCUGCUCGCGUCGCUGGUUGGCCCUGUUUACAUGCUCAACAUUGAGCGCCGCAAAAAGCUCCAAGACUAUGGCUGGCGCCUGCAGAAUAGCAAACACGCAUCUCUUGCCGCCACGGCAAAAGCAAUCCGAGAAGAAGAGAAAAGGAGCAAACGCGGCAAAAAGAAGCGGUAGGCUUCCGUAGCCCACCCACUCGUCCAUGUUCCCAAGAGCAUACCAAAAAAUGUAACACUACUCACCUUGUACACCUCAUGCAUAACCCAUGCCCAUGAUUCAAGCUGUUGCUGUCAAAAAAAAGUCUUGUGCACCGUCAGCAUGACUCAUGACUUGUCUGUGGAUUCAAACAUGGACACGUAUAGCAU